CACUAGUGUGUCCUGCCUGUUUGCUUUAUGCAAGGCUAUGGGGUCUCAAUACUUCCCAGCACGAUCUGUGCUUUUCCAAAAGGAGCCGAGUGGAGUUACAUACCGUGUUCCUGCUUUGAUCUACAUACCUCAUUUCAGCUGUUUCUUGGCCUUCUGUGAGGAAAGACUGACUCCGGCAGACGCUCAAGCACAUCUGCUGGUCAUGCGCAAAGGCACUUUUUAUAAAAACUAUGUGGAAUGGAAGGACAUGGAGGUGUUGAGUACAGCUCGACUGGAGGGCUACCGCUCAAUGAACCCCUGCCCUGUUUAUGAUGAGUUUACUGGCACAGUCUUUUUCAUUGCUGUUCUGGGUCACACCUCUGAGUCUUACCAGUUAAUUACAGGAAAGAACGUGACACGUCUUUGCUACGUGUCCAGCAGUGACCAAGGGGACACCUGGAGCUCUGUUACAGACCUUACCAGGAUACUCAUAGGGGACACCAUUAAAGAGUGGGCCACUUUUGCUGUGGGUCCAGGUCACGGAACCCAGUUAAAAUCUGGAAGGCUAAUAAUCCCUGCUUAUGCCUACCAUAUUGACUGCAGAAAUUGCUUUGGCAGGAAGUGCAAGACUUCAUCACACUCGUUUUGUUUUUAUAGUGACACGCAUGGGAAAGCGUGGCAUUUUGGAGAGGCGUUGUCCACGCCAGAGAGUGUGGAGUGUCAGAUGGUGUCAGUAGAUGAGGAAAAUGGAGUAAACUUUUUGUACUGCAAUGCGCGGAGUGUAUCAGGUUGCCGUGUACAAGCUGUUAGCUUUGAUAAUGGGGCUGUUUUUCAAAAUGGCCAGCUGGUGUAUAAACUAGUGGAGCCAAAGAAUGGGUGCCAUGGCAGUGUAAUUGGAUUUCCAGCACCAAUCUACAAGCUCGGGCAAUCGCAACACUUUCUGAGACAGUUGAGGUCCAUCUACACCCCACUUGCAGUCAGCAUAUCACCAAGGAACUUCCUUCCACCAACAUGGGUGGUAUAUACUCACCCCACCUGCUCAAAAGCCCGUCGUGACCUCGGUGUUUACCUCAGUCUUCUUCCUCGAGACCCGGACAGCUGGUCAGGACCUUGGAUCAUAUAUGCAGGCCCUAGUGCAUAUUCAGACUUGGCCUAUGUUGAGACGUCUACUGAUGCCCCAGCGGUCCCUGUCUUUGCCUGCCUUUUUGAGAACGGCACAAAGACAGCUUAUGAUGAGAUUUCUUUCUGCAUCUUCACACUGUAUGAGCUAAUCGACCACCUUCCCCACAACAACCAAAAAAGAAAAGGGAUCAGAAAGAUGAAAGGAUUGUGGGAGUGCUGCUUUGUCUGCUGAAUGUAUGUGUAACAGGACUGGAUAAGUUUCAGAAGAAUUGAAAAAUUGGCUCCCUUUCAAUUCAAGGGUUAGUUCAGCCAAAAAUGAAAAUUAGCCCAUAAAUUACUCACCCUCAAGUCAUCCUAGGUGUAUAUGACUCUUCUUUCAGACAA